GCCCGAGGACAUGGAGGCCCUCAAGGGUUGCACACUCAGCCUCGGCGCCUGCAGAUCAGGCCUCCGCUUGGCUGCUUGCAGGCUGGCUGCUCAGAUUCUACUGUAGGAGCUGGGGGCAAGAAGGUGAUCCUGAAGCCUGAAUUUCUGGGGAUGAAAAUUCACGUAAUACGAUGUCAGACGAGCUCACAGUGCUGGAGCCUUCCGCCUCUGAGCCCGGGGAAUUUCAUGAAGACAGAUUAGCGCAGCUGUUGGGGAAUCCAGAAAGGCAGGGCCUAGAGAGUCCCCCCUCUCAGGAGGGGGGCUUCAAGCAGAUGACAGUGACCCACUGGAAAAUUCAAACAGGAGAAACAGCCCAGAUGUGUAGUAAGUCAGGAAGAAACCCUAUUCUCAACUCAAACCUCCUUAUACUUCAGAGAGAGCUUAUAGAAGGGGAGGGCCAUUCUUGUGGUAUUGGUGGCAAGAGCUUCCCUUUUAAUUCAAAUGUAGUUCCACAUCAGAUUUCUCACCCAGGGGAGAAGCCUUAUCAAUGUGAUCAUUGUGGGAAAGGCUUCAGUCAGAACUCCCUCCUCAGUGAACAUCAAAGAGUCCACACCGGGGACAGACUCUAUGUGUGUAACGUGUGUGGGAAAGACCUCAUUCACUAUGCAAACCUAGUUGAACAUCAGCAUGUACAUACAGGAGAAAAGCCCUUCAAGUGUGCCCAGUGUGGAAAAGCGUUUUGUCACAGUUCAGACCUGCUUCGGCACCAGAGAGUCCAUACCAGAGAGAGGCCUUUUGAAUGUAAAGAGUGUGGGAAAGGCUUCAGUCAGAGCUCCUUGCUCAUUCGCCAUCAAAGAAUUCACACAGGAGAGAGACCCUAUGAGUGUAACGAGUGUGGAAAAUCUUUCAUUCGGAGCUCGAGCCUCAUUCGGCAUUACCAGAUCCACACGGAAGUCAAACAGUAUGAAUGUAGAGACUGCGGGAAGGCCUUCCGACACCGUUCAGACCUUAUUGAGCACCAGAGAAUCCACACUGGAGAGAGACCCUUUGAGUGUCAGGAGUGUGGGAAGGCCUUUAUUCGAAGCUCAAAGCUCAUUCAGCAUCAGAGAAUUCAUACCGGCGAGCGGCCUUAUGUAUGCAACGAGUGUGGGAAGCGUUUCAGUCAGACCUCCAACUUCACUCAGCAUCAGAGAAUCCAUACUGGGGAGAAACUCUAUGAGUGUAAUGAAUGUGGGAAAGCAUUCUUUCUGAGUUCGUACCUCAUUCGACACCAGAAAAUCCACACUGGUGAACGGGUGUAUGAAUGUAAAGAAUGCGGGAAGGCUUUUCUGCAGAAGGCUCACCUCACUGAGCAUCAGAAGAUCCACACUGGAGACAGACCCUUUGAGUGCAAAGACUGCGGGAAAGCCUUCAUCCAGAGCUCGAAGCUGUUGCUGCAUCAAAUUGUACAUACUGGAGAGAAGCCCUAUGUGUGCAGCUACUGUGGGAAAGGCUUUAUACAGAGGUCCAACUUCCUUCAGCACCAGAAGAUGCACACUGAAGAGAAUCUCUACAAGUUUAGUCAGCGUGGAAAAGAUCUCACCCCACCCCCUGAUCUUGUCCACCAGGAGGAUCUUUCCCUGAGUGAGACCUCUGUUCAUUUAGGAGAGACGUCUGUGGAUCAGGAGUGUCAUGCAGAUAAUUUAUAAGACAGUCAGCCCCUCUCCGAGUCAGCAAGUGGUGCUUGGGAAUGGGCAUGCUUAGUAUAUAUAUAUAUGGCCUCUAAGAUGUGGAUUGUCACAGUUGUCCAAGUCCCAUCUCCCAAGUCAUGGGCUGCUUUGGUUAGGUCUAUUGUCUGUCACCAGGGCAGGAAAGCUGAGGGGCUGAACAACUGACCUUGAGCUGAAAGCCGAGGGAGAGCCUCUAGAGAAUUUUCUCCUAUUUCUUUGAAGUUCCAGCACGCUGUAUACAGAGCAGAGCGGUAUUACUUGAGAAGUGGUUACCUAUCCAAAAGGUUGGAGAAAGGGGCUUUGCUCAUGCAGAACAGCAAGUUGGUUCCCUGUUGUCUGGGAGUAGACUCCAAGCCUUGGGGUUUAGUCCCUGGCCUUUGCUUUCUCAACAUUUGACUCCUGGUAAUGCAUUUGAUGUGUAUGAUGCGUACCCCCGCCCACAUCCUUCAGGCUGCUCCCACUCCUGUUCCUGAUGGCUCUCCCCUUUUCUCCCAGUUGCUCCUGACUAUUAUGUGAGACCUCUCUCAGGCACCGUGCCCCCAAAUGCUCCCUUAAUACCGAGCUGGGUUUGUGUCUUGUGCAUCUGUUGCUCAAUGCUAACCUCUGCUACUGUACUUGCUUUUAAGUACCACAAUUUUGAAUUUUCUCUUUUUCACUGUGCUCUGUUCCCCGAGGACAAUGAUCAUGUGUCAUUGAUUCCUGUGUCCCUAGUGUCUAGCACAUGACAAUAAACAAAACAAAACCCCAAA